AUGAAAUAUCCGGUGACUGGGAAAAAUUUGUUAGUCCCGGUUAAGAAUGAUGAUAGCAUAAGUGCUCUUGCUUAUGCAACAUCACAAGCUCCUGGAACGGCAAUGGAGAGGAUGCGAGCUAUCAUGACCGCCACUGGUUCAUUUAAGAUUGUGCGAUAUAAGGGUCAUAAUCAAGAUUGCUCAGCACAUUACAGUGAUGACCAUCCCCUCCUUACUUCAGAUUUUGUUGUUGAUCUUAUUGUGGAUAUGAUAAGAGUUGAUCCUGCUUUCAAGGUGAAGUCAAUUGUUAAUUUUGUUAACAAUAAAUACGGAUUCGUUAUAACAUACAAGAGAGCUUGGUUGGCCAAAAAUAAGGCUAUAACCAAAGUCUUUGGGGAUUGGGAUAAGUCUUUUGAGGAGCUUCCAAAGUACCUGCAGACAUUAAUGCAAUCUAAUGGAGGAACAGUAGUGCAUUGGGAAGUCCAACCAACAAUGGAUCCUACCAGAGUUAUUUUUCAGAGAAUUUUCUGGGCUUUCAGACCAUCCAUUAAGGAUUUUCCCUACUGUCGUCCCUUUAUUUCUAUAGACGGGACACAUUUGUACGAAAAGUACAAAGGCACACUUAUGAUUGCUAUGACGAUAGAUGCAAAUUCUCAGUUGUUCCCACUUGCCUUUGCCAUUGUUGAGGGAGAAAGCAACGACACAUGGAGUUGGUUUUUGGAUUGUAGAAAGCAUUAUGUCACUAGGAGGGAUGACUUAUGUGUCAUAUCUGAUCGUCACAACGGAAUUUUGCAUGCAAUAAAUAGAGUUGGAAGAGGGUGGGACGAGCCAUAUGCAUUCCAUCGGUUUUGUAAAUGUCAUCUUGCUUCGAAUGUGCAUAAGAAGUUAAAAAACAUAGCAGUUAAAAACUUAUUUGGAAAAGCUUCUGAACAAACAAAGAUUUAG